UAUUUUUCCCUACCUACGUCUGCGGCGUCCAGGUCAGGCUUAUGCAGAGAGGGAGUGAUAGGGAGCGGAUCAGGGCGCAGGCUUCUCUUCCGCUCCCGUGCUGACUUUUUUCCCGCGUCGCACAGGGCCUUCAUUCUGGUUCCGUGGAGGCGAUCCCAGUGCCGGCCGGCGUCUGACCUCACUUCCGGUAUCGUGGGGUCAGUUCCGGCUGGAUCCCCAGUCCCGUGGUUGGCGUCUUACGCUCUGGACCGGCUCCGGCCUGCCCUAUAUGAUUAAGAGGCGGAGGCAACGUCAGGAUGCUGUCAUGGAGACUUUCCAGAAAACAAAUUAUCGCAUUUAUGAGCAAGUCAAGAAGGGUGAGACUGGCCCUUUUCCUUACAAGGAUGAGCUCCAGGUUUGUGUGGUCAGUCCUGGCCAGGGCCAGUCAUUGGAGAGUUUCUGGAACGGGACUGCUUUGGUGGUGGAGAAAAAGGUUUUGAGAGUGGAGGAAGAUAUGGAAGAAUCUCAGAAUAGCCGCAGCCACUCAUUAAAUUUAUCUGUAGAAAAUCCCUGUGCACCACUGCCUGUCUCCACCAUGCAGGCCAGGCAACUCCUUUCAGGCUACACUUUGAUACAUAAUCCCAUCAUGGCCCAGUUUGGCAAUGGAAAACCAGUUGAGGCUCUUCCUGAGUUAUGGGUACGAUGUGAUGGCACAGAUGCAGAAAGUACCUGUUGGCUUGGAGCUGAGCCUAUAAAAACCAACAGAAAUGAGAUCACAGGAAUGAGCUUCCAUAUGGUGACCUGUGCAGGUCCAACUUCUGACAAAUCCUCAUUUCCAAGUCUUGAAACGCUGAAGAAAUCACACAAGGAAAGACAUCAUUCUUCUGCAAUGCAGACAAGAGGAUUUGCCCGAUAUGAUUUAUUCAGCCCCAGCGCUGUGGAGAAUUCUGUUAUAGAGUCACAGACCAAUGUCACCGUGGACUUCAUAUGGAAUGGAGUAGACAGUAUCCUUCAGAUUCCGCCUUUGACUUCUGCUUCUACACUGAAUAUCAAAGUGGAGUCCGGAGAUCUUAGAAGUCCUGUGUACCCUGUGUAUAAAGAGCUGGAUUUCCUUCUGGUUUUGGCUGAAGGCUUAAAAACUGGAGUAACAGAGUGGCCAGAAACCAUAGAAACCAAGUCCGCUGUAGAGCUUGUUCAAGAGCUUCUAAAUGAGCUAAAGAAUAAACUAGACGGAGUUAAUAAUUCAGCUCCUAAAAAGGAAGCAGAGAAAGUAAAGAGUGAUACGGCAGCAGUAGACAGCUCCAUCCAGUCCUUCAUCACGGAGCGCGGAGACCUGGACUUUGCCGAGAUGUUAUGGUGUAAAAUGAGGAAAAGUGUAUCUUCUUAUCAAGAUGUUGUAAAUUGUUUCACGCUCAUCCUACAAUCACUGAGACAUGGCGAUGUGCACCCCUGGAUCCAUCGUGGGAGCAGCAGCACACUGAGCAAGCUAAUUCAGCAAUCCUACCACGGAAACAUGCAAAGCAUCUCCCUUUCAGGCCUCACUCCCAUCCGCAUGCUGCUAGAGAUUGGUCUGGACAAGAUGAAAAAAGAUUAUAUUAACUGCUUUAUAGGUCGAGAACUUGCAACUUUCAAUUACUUGGAUUACUUCAUCAGCACAUCCGAGGAUCUACAAGAGCAGGUGCACCGUGUCAGGAAGCUGCAUCACAUGCUGGAAGUGGUUGUAAACUGCAAUGCCUUCCUGCACCUGGAGCAUGAGAACCUCUUUCCACUUACACAGUCCUGUUUAAAGUACUACAAAGAGAACCCAUGGAAUGAGCAGCAUGUGUUCCAGCUCCCGAUCCGACCAAGUGUCAUUGGCAGCUUCUACCAAAACUCUCACCCACAGACAUGGAGAGUGGAGAUCCUCAGUGGACAUGGGCAGAAGGAAGUCAAAACUAUGUGGCAGCUAAGUGCCAGACCUCCUGUAGAUCAUGUGUCAUUUGAUAUCCCAGAUGUUCAAAUUGACAUGACAAUGAGUGGAGAAAGUGAGGAGAUUCCUUAUUACCAAGCACAGAUCAGCUGCAGUCAAGUGCACUUCUUGUGAAAGUGACAAGUCAGGACCAGAAGAGGAAGUCUUCAAGUGAAAGUCCUUGUUCUGGGCGGAGUUGACAGCACUUGUCAGAUGGUGGUUUUAUCUGCGUGCCACCUUCUUCAUCCUAGCUCUUUCUACGCAGGAGGAUCAUAAGGAGCACAGCGCUGAUGAGAAUGCACAGCGUACAUACUGUGGGCACCACAAUCUCCGUCACCAUCUCCAUGUGGCUGGUCAGUGGGUCUAGGAUGAGAAUAAACCACCAUGUGAAUAUAGCUGCUCACAGUAUUGAAUGGUGAAGCCUUGCAAGCUUUCUUAUUUUAUUCUAAAACUGUCAGGCUUCAUUCACAUCUUGGUUUUACACUACGGGUGCCCAAUCCGGCUGGGGGAGGGGCAAACCGGGCUCUCC